AUGGCGAAAUGGUCAAAAUUUAAUGAUUCCGGAGGGCCAACCGUCCUUUUCUCUACCACAUUCUGGCAAAGCCUCAAGGCCGGAUACGUUAUGCACAGGCGAGGGUUACAGAGGACGACCCAGGUCUUUCGACGACGGCUGGCAACCCAAGCCCAGUCGUUGCUGGAGAAGGACUGUAGUACCAUCACCCCUCCGUAUGAAUCCCUGGUGGAGAACCUCCAGCGCGUCCGACAAUACCUAAACCGACCACUAUCGCUUGCGGAAAAGGUUCUUUACAGCCAUGUAAUUGACCCAGAACAGGCAUUCGCCGCAGGUGGAAGAAUCCGCGGGGAGACGUAUCUUCAACUCCGUCCCGAACGUGUCGCCAUGCAGGACGCAUCGGCUCAAAUGGCAUUGCUGCAAUUCAUGAGUGCUGGACUCCCCCAAUCUGCAGUGCCGGCGAGCAUUCACUGUGACCACCUUAUCCAGGCUUCAGAAGGCGCUAGUGCAGAUUUGAAGCGUUCCAUUGUCACCAACCAAGAGGUUUUCGACUUCUUGCAAAGUGCCGCACAGAAGUAUGGGAUUGAAUUCUGGGGACCGGGUUCCGGAAUCAUCCACCAGAUAGUUCUCGAGAACUAUGCCGCGCCAGGCAUCCUCAUGCUGGGAACAGAUUCGCAUACCCCCAACGCUGGUGGUCUGGGAGGUUUGGCUAUCGGCGUUGGUGGUGCAGAUGCCGUGGACGCCAUGACCGGAACCCCCUGGGAACUGAAAGCACCCAACAUUAUCGGUAUCAAGUUGACUGGAGAAUUGAACGGCUGGGCUACCCCCAAGGAUUUGAUCCUCCAUUUGGCCGGUAAAUUGACUGUCAAGGGCGGAACGGGCAGUAUCUUGGAGUAUUUCGGUCCUGGCCUCGCCAGUCAAUCCUGCACAGGUUUGGCAACCAUUGCAAACAUGGGAGCUGAAGUCGGUGCAACUACUUCGACUUUCCCUUACAACUCUCGGAUGCGCGACUACCUGCGCGCUACUGGACGUUCCCCUGUAGCCGCAGCGGCAGAUAAGGCAGCGUCCCAAGGUUUCUUGAGUGCCGACGAAGGAAUUGAAUACGACCAAGUCAUCGAAGUUAACUUGAGUGAGCUAGAGCCCACAAUCAAUGGUCCCUUCACCCCAGACUUGGCAACACCUAUCUCCAAGUUCGGCGACUUCGCUAAGUCGCAAGGAUGGAAGGACGAAUUCUCGGCUGGUCUCAUCGGUUCCUGCACCAACAGCUCCUACGAGGAUAUGACUGCUGUCGCUGAUUUGGCCAGACAAGCUAAGGCUGCUGGACUGAAGACCAAGGUGCCAUUCCUUUGCACACCUGGCUCAGAACAGAUCAGGGCAACUAUUGAACGGGAUCACAUUACCUCGGCCCUUGAAGACGUUGGAGCAGUCGUUUUGGCAAACGCCUGUGGACCCUGCAUUGGCCAGUGGAAGAGAGACGACAAACAGGGUGAAGAGAAUGCUAUCCUUACCAGUUUCAACCGCAACUUCAAGUCAAGGAACGACGGCAACAAGUUGACAAUGAACUUCCUUGCUUCACCUGUGGUUGUUACUGCAAUGGCGUUCUCUGGAAAGCUUUCCUUCAACCCUAUGACUGACUCAAUCCCCCUCGCCGACGGAUCCUCGUUCAAAUUCCAGCCACCCGCUCGUCAAGAUCUCCCAGAAUUGGGCUUCAUCCCUGGGAACCAGGACUUCUACCCUGUUCGCAACCCUGCCCCCCAGCCCGACGUUCCUAUUGUUAUCAAACCUGAUUCACAACGACUGGAAAUCCUCGAGCCUUUCACAAGCCACUUUGGACCUCACAACCCUCGUGGACUGGAACUCCCAUCUUUGAAGGUUCUCUUGCGAGUCCGGGGCAAGUGCACAACUGAUCACAUCUCCGCUGCGGGGCCAUGGCUGAAGUACAAGGGCCAUCUGACCAACAUCUCUGAGAACCUACUCAUCACCGCCAUCAACGAUGAAGGUGGCGAGAUGAACGUUGCUUUCGACAAGGACACCGGCACCACUGGUACCAUUCCCGAGGUCGCCAAGCGAUUUAAGGCAAGAAACCAACCAUGGGCUAUCAUUGUUGAUGAGAACUACGGUGAAGGAAGUGCCCGUGAGCAUGCUGCCUUGCAGCCUCGAUUCUAUGGUUGUGCCAUGAUUAUCGCCCGUUCGUUUGCCCGUAUCCACGAGACCAACCUCAAGAAACAAGGUGUCCUCCCUCUGUGGUUCGCUGACAAGAACGACUACUCGCGUAUCGGCGCCGGCGACUCAUUGGAGACUGUUGGGCUAGCUGACCUCCUUGAGGGAAAGCCUGAUGCUCAAAUCAGGGUCAACGUCACCAAGCCCAACGGCGAGACCUUCCAGAUUGCCACCAAGCACACCAUGUCGGCUGACCAACUCAAGUGGUUCCGUGCUGGGUCCGCCUUGAACUAUAUCCGCUCUACCCUUAAAAAUUAAUCCCAUUCAAAAUGGGGUUGGAUAGACACCG